AUGUAUUCAAUUGGGGUGUCAAGAGUUAAAUCAGAAGAAAAGAUAUUGCUUGGCGUAGAGGCGUCGAGGCGCCAGUUCUUAGAUGCCAUUAGGGCAUCUUACGAAAUGAUAGAAAUAUGGCUCAGUCAUCUCAUGAGUGACUGUAAUAGUUUGAAGAUUGUUUUUUUGGUAUGGGCUAAAAUUUUUAUCGUAAGAGACCACUAUGUAGAAGUAGUUAGAGAACCUAACGCAGAGAUCCAAUCGAAUGAUCUGGAUUUGUUUAUACAAGAUAUUAAUUUCAGUGAUUCGGAGUCUUCGAGCUGCGAAUCUGAAAUAUCGUCGGCCGAAAAUGAACACACAUCUGAUAUAUAUUUUGAUGAUGGUGAAUUUAAUGAAUAUUCAUCAAUUAACCGGUAUAAUAUGAAUGAUCAUAUAACAAAUAAGUCACACAACCAAAAAAUAAUGCGUCGGCAGUGGCUGAAACGACAUGAGCAGCGGUUGAAACGGCGGCAGCAACUACGAGAUCGUUUUAAGAUUAGUCGACUUGAAUCGGGCUCUUCGGCCGGGCCAGACGACGUGUGUGUGUCAAACCGAAACCAACCCUCGCCACGCAUCGAUGCUAUUACCACUAUGCACUGGACGAUGAAGAAUCUUGUAUUAAUGAUGAGCUACCCUGCUAACGCAAUAGUAGACGGAUAG